AUGGGGGCCUCUCGAAGGUGCAGCUCAUCCAUAAAACCUCCUUCCUGUGCUUCUCUUGUGGGAACACUGUGCCUCCUGUCGUACGUCAUGCCUGCGUCGGCUUGCCCUAAGACCUGUCACUGCACGGACAGAAACGGCGUGGUGGUGCAGUGCACCUCGCGCAACCUGGAGAGCAUCCCGCCGAACCUGCCCAAGGACACCGUUGUUCUCUUGCUUUCGUCAAACCGCAUCAAACACGUCACAAAGGAGGCGUUCACAGACCUCCGCCGACUCAGGGAGCUGGACUUAUCUCAAAACGCCAUAGAGAGCGUGGAGGCCGGCGCCUUUCAGGGGAUUUCCGAAGGCCUGCGGAGCUUGGAUCUCUCAAACAACCACCUCAGCAGCCUCCCAAAGGACACGUUCGCCAAGCUCCACGCCCGCAUCCGCCUCUCCCACAACCCCUGGCACUGCGAGUGCUCUUUGCAGGAGGUGCUGAGGGAGCUGAGGCUGGACCCUGAGACGGUCAACGAGGUCAACUGCUACACGUCGGUGCAGGAGGAGUACGUGGGACAACCGGUGAUCCAGGUCCUGGACUCUGGGAUCAACUUUUGCAACUUCCACCAAAAGACGACAGACGUGGCGAUGUUUGUGGCCAUGUUCUGCUGGUUCUCUAUGGUCACGGCUUAUAUCAUUUACUACAUCAAACACAACCAGGAGGACGCCAGGAGGCACAUGGAGUAUUUAAAGUCGCUGCCCAGCACCUCGCACAUCAGCAAGGACUACGACACGGCCAGUAGCGUGCUCUAA